CUCGCCCGGCUCACUCCUUCCUCCCAGUCUCCCACGACGCGAUUCCCCCAUUUCCACCUCGAAACCUCCAGCCGUCCGCCCCUGAAUCCCCAACCUUCUCUGCCGCCGCCGGCACGCACCGCGCAGUCUCCAGAGGUACCGGAGGAGCGAGCGAUGGAGGAGGACUCGCCGCUGACGAGGACGGUGAAGGGCGCCGUGACGGGGCUCGCCGCGGGGACCAUCUGGGGCACCGUCGUCGCCACCUGGUACGACGUGCCCCGGGUGGAGCGCCACGUCGCGCUACCGGGCCUCAUCCGGACGCUCAAGAUGUGCGGGACCUACGGGGCCACCUUCGCCACCAUCGGCGGGCUCUACAUCGGCGUCGAGCAGCUCGUGCAGAGCCAGCGCAAGAAGCGCGACUUCGUCAACGGGGCCGUCGGCGCGUUCGUCGCCGGAGCCUCCGUCUGCGGAUACAGAGGAAAGAGCAUUCAGUCUGCCCUCAUCGGAGGCUCCUGCCUGGCGUUCACAUCUGCUGUGCUGGACAUUGGUGGCAAUACAACGAGAGUGGACAACGGCAAAGAGUACUAUCCCUACACAACAGAGAAGAAGCCCGCUCAUUGAUUUAAGCUUGUGUACUAGGAGCACAAAUCUUGCAAGCCAUCAGCUCGUUGAAUUUUAAAGCUGAUACGCGCUUUUAUGUCUGUUUUGCUGAUGCACUUGGUUCCUUUGAAAAUCCAUGGCAACUUGUUUGCCUCUGAUCGAGAGGAACGAACAUAACGUUCAAAAUAAAUCUUUGAUUUCCUUUCUUGUGAUCAUCGAUGAUAAUAAACGCACGUGGCGCAGUA